GGGGGUGUUCGCGCUCCCGAGGGUAUGGAUGUAGCUCUUGGACCGCAGGCUCUCCUGCGCACCUGCCCCGCGCUGCCCCAGGUGUACAGUCUCCAUCUCUCUAACCUCCCCUGAUCGCGGAACCGCGAGGAGGACCCCAGGGAGAGCUCAGAGCGGGCCCAGAUGGACUCAGUGGUCUUUGAGGAUGUGGCUGUGGACUUCACCCCAGAGGAGUGGGCUUUGUUGGAUCUGGCUCAAAGGAACCUCUACAGAGAUGUGAUGCUGGAGACCUUCAGGAACCUGGCCUCAGUAGGGGAAAACUGGAAAUGCCAUAACACUGAAGAACAGCACAAGAACCAGGGAACACAUUUGAGAUGUCAUGUGAUGGACAUAUCCUCAGAAAGUAAAGAAACUAAUCAGGGUGGAGAAACCAGCGGGAUUUCCAAUCUUAUUGUACUUAAGAGACUUUCUGCUAGAGUAAAAUCCUAUGAAUACAAUAAAUUUGAAAAAGCCAUCAUCGAUUCUUCAUCACUAAAGAGUCCCAUAGCAUCACCUCAACAUGGACAAAAACCCUAUCAAUGUAAGGAAUGUGGGAGAACUUUUAUUUCUUACUCAUCCUUCAGGGCACACAUAAGAGCUCACACUGAAGAGAAACCCUACGCAUGUAAAGAAUGUGGAAAAGCCUUUAUAUAUUUCUCCAAACUUAGAGUCCAUAUGAGAACUCACACUGGCGAGAAGCCUUAUGAAUGUGAAAAAUGUGGGAAAACCUUCAGAUCUCCUUCAAACCUUUGGACACAUAGAGAAACUCAUACCGUUGAGAAACCCUAUGCUUGUAAAGAGUGCAGUAAAUCCUUCUCUUCUCCCUCUUCUCUUAGAAAACAUGUGAAGGUUCACAGUGCAGAAAAAACCUAUGAAUGUAAAGACUGUGGAAAAGCCUUCCUUCAUUCUUUUUACCUGAUCAUACAUGCAAGGAUGCACACUGGAGAGAAAGCCUAUAGAUGUGUGGAAUGUGGGAAAGCCUACAGCUGGCCCUCAGACCUUAGGAUUCACAUGAGGACACACUCAGGUGAAAAGCCUUAUGAAUGUAAACAGUGUGGAAAAUCUUUCAGUUCUCCUUCAUCUUUCAAGGGACAUUUGCGAACUCACACUGGAGAGAAACCAUAUGCAUGUAAUGAAUGUGGGAAAGCCUUUGGUAGUCCUUCAUACUUUAGAACACAUGUGCGGAUUCAUACUGGAGAGAAACCCUAUGUAUGUAAGCAAUGCGGGAAAGCUUUCAGUUGGUCAUCAUCUUUUCGAGGACAUUUGAGAACUCACAGUAGAGAGAAACCCUAUGAAUGUAAGGAAUGUGGUAAAGCCUUUAGCAGGCUUUCAUCCUUACAAAGACACAUGAGAAUUCAUACUGGGGAGAAACUCUAAAUGUCAGCAUUGGGGGAAAGUCUUCUGUAGUCCCCUAUCCUUAAAAAAAAUUCAAGAGUUCCCUUGUGGUGCAGUGGGCUGUGGAUCUGGCAUUGUCACUACAAUGACUUGGGUCAGUGCUGUGGCAUGUGUUUGAUCCUGGCCUGGGAACUUUCACAUGCCACAAUGGCAGCCAAAAACAAAAUAUAUGCAAACUCACACAAAAGAGAAACUCCAUGUCAGUAAGUAAUGAUGGAAGAUCUUCAUGCAGGUCACAUUUAUUGUGUACAACAAACUGCAUACCAUUGCAAAAAUUUUACAGAGGUCUUAGAUACCCUGUUGGCUUUAUUUGUGCCUUAUUCUUAAAGUAGAUCCCAAUCAUAUUGCUUCCAGUUCUUUCUGAGAAUAGCAUUUAGGAGACAAUUUUCCUUUAAGAAUUUAUUUGCCAGGGCUGCCCUAACAAAUCACCAUAAAGAAAGAGAAAUGCAUUCUCUUCCUGUUCUGGGCGCUAGAAAUAAAAAAUCAAGUAUCAUUAGGGUUGGAUCCUUGUGAAGGUUCUGAGGAAGAAUCUGAUCUCUUCAAACUUAUAGUGGCUACCAGCAAUCCUUGGUAUUUGAGGUUUGUAGAUGCAUCACUCCAGUUUCUGUCUUCAUCUUAACAUCACCUUCUCUAAGUGUUUUAUCCCCUUCUCUUAUAAGGACACUUGUCAUUGGAUUCAGGGCCCACUCGAGUCCAGGAUGAUAUCAUCUUGAGAUCCUUAUUACAUUUACAAAGACUUUUUCCAAAUAAGGUCACAUUCACAGAUUUUAAGUGGAUAUAUCUUUGGGGGGAGGGCACCAUUCUACCCACUACAUACCCUGUCAGCCAAAUAACAGACCUUUUUUUUUUCAGACCUUUUGCUAUACAGUGUUUUCAUUAUGAAUUGCUUAUAUAAAAGUUAUUCACACUAUGAAAUCUUUUUGGACCCACAGAUCUUUUGAAGUGUAUUUUAAAAUAUGUAACCAUUGGGAUGUUAUGUAGUUUUAUUUGCUUCUAAUUAUCAUUAUGUUGCAGUCUACAAUUUAGAUCUUCCUGCAAGCUCCAACAUGUCCACCCACACCACUGAUUUUUACUUUCAUGGUUGGUGAUGUUCUCUGACACUCUCUUUUCUCCAGUUUUUACCAUAUUUGUGUUGAGUCUAAUUUGUGUAGUGAACAUCUUCAUAUAUAUAGAUAUAUAUAUAUAUGUCUAUAUAUAUAUAUAUCUACAUAUAUAUCUAGUGGCCCUGUGUUCCUGACUCUACCCUGAAAGUUAUAAUUGUGAGUAAGAAAACAUGUAGGACUUCAUUUCCUGAUUGCAUUGUAGAGUGGUUGUACUUACUCUGUAUUUUUGCUUCUAGACAGUAGUUCCAUUUGAGAAAUAGGCACCUGGAAAAUAUAUAAAGUAGAUUGUGUGAGUUUUCUUUUCACAUCCAGAUGUAGUCUGUAAACAGUAAACUUAAUAUGUGGUCAAAUAUUACAAUUUUUAUGUUUGCAAAAUAAGAUACAUGUUUCUUUUCCUGUUUUUUUUUUUUUUUUUUUUUUUUUUGCCAAGCCCGCAGCAUGUGGAAGUUCCCAGGCCAGGGAUCAAACCUGUACCACAGCAAUGACUCAGGCUUCUGCAGUGACAAUGCUGGAUCCUUAACCCACUGUGCCACAAGAGAGUUCUGAUACAUGUUUUUUUAAGUCAGACAUGAGGUUCUGUACUUAUUUCUUAGAGGAAAACUAGUAAAACUGGUUUUAUGUUUGUAUGUACUGAAAACAUUAACAUACUGAGAAAGGAUAAGUUAAAAUAUUUCAAUAUAAUUAUGUAUUAUCAAAUCAGUAAUGUAAGUCUGUCUUUUUAACCAUGUUCUGAGAUCAUAAUACAUAACUAUUUAAAAAUAUUCCCCUGAAAUUUCUUAUAAUACAAAAAAUUUCCCCAUUAAAGGAACUUACUCAUUCAUAAGAAUAAAAGCUUAUAUAUUUGCUAUGUCAGUGCCUACCAACCAAAACCCAUGAGAAGCACACCUGCAGGUGAACAAAAUUGGGUUUGUUGACUCAUUGCAAUGGCAUGAUCACAUAGCUUGAGAAACAAUAGGACAUCUCAGAAAUUCUGUGUUAGAAAGAAUGUACAGGAAUUGGACUAAUUUCAGGUGAUUGGAAGAAGCUUCACAGAAGCAGGCUUUGCACCAGAUUGGCCACUGCCAGGAAGUGUGCAGUGGAGUAUUAAUUCAGCAGGGUCUGGCUGCUCAGUCUCUGCACUUUUUUUUUUCUUGUUUUU